ACACACCUUCUUUUAAACCCACCUAGAACCUCCACCUCCGACACCAUGGUCAACUCCUGUUGUGGCUCUGUCUGCUCUGAGGAGGGCUGUGGCCAAGGCUGCUGCCAGCCCAGCUGCUGCCAGCCCACCUGCUGCAGGACCAUCUGCUGCCGCCCCAGCUGCUGUGUGUCCAGCUGUUGCAGGCCCAGCUGCUGUGUGUCCAGCUGCUGCAGGCCCCAGUGCUGCCAGUCUGUGUGCUGCCAGCCCAGCUGCUGUCGCCCCAGCUGCUGCAUCUCCAGUUGUUGCCGUCCCAGCUGUUGUGUGUCCAGCUGCUGCAGGCCCAGCUGCUGUGUGUCCAGCUGCUGCAGGCCCCAGUGCUGCCAGUCUGUGUGCUGCCAGCCCACCUGCUGUCGCCCAAGCUGCUGCAGGCCCAGCUGCUGUGUGUCCAGCUGCUGCAGGCCCAGCUGCUGUGUGUCCAGCUGCUGCAGGCCCAGCUGCUGUGUGUCCAGCUGCUGCAGGCCCAGCUGCUGUGUGUCCAGCUGCUGCAGGCCCCAGUGCUGCCAGUCUGUGUGCUGCCAGCCCACCUGCUGUCGCCCAAGCUGCUGCAGGCCCAGCUGCUGUGUGUCCAGCUGCUGCAGGCCCAGCUGCUGUGUGUCCAGCUGCUGCAGGCCCCAGUGCUGCCAGUCUGUGUGCUGCCAGCCCACCUGCUGUCGCCCAAGCUGCUGCAGGCCCAGCUGCUGUGUGUCCAGCUGCUGCAGGCCCCAGUGCUGCGAGCCCACCUGCUGUCGCCCAGCUUGCUCCAGUUGUUCUUGUUGCUGAGGGCUCUGACCCACAG